AUGAGCCGACAGUGCUACACCUCCGGCUCCAUCCUGGGAAGACGAGGCUUUUCCUCGGCCUCCGCCGUCUGCGGCCUGGGCAGGGCCAACAGCAGCUCGGCCUCCGUCUGCCAGCCCGUGGGACGGAGGUGUGGGAUCGGUGGCUUCAGCAGCCGCAGCGUCUGUGACCUGGGCCGAGGCCAGAGGAUUUCCUUCGGUGGCAGCUGCCGCAGCGGCGUCUACGGCGGGGCUGGCGUCGGGCGCUGCGGCGUCGCGUACGGCGGAGGCCGCUUCGGCACCGUCGUGGGCUUUGGGAACUGUGCGAGCUUCGGGGGCCUGGGCAGCUACAGAGGCCUGGGGGAUGGCGUGGCCAUGGGGAGCUACGGCGGCGGCAUCGGCAUCGGCCUCGGCGGAGGGAGGUCCGAGGGCAUUCGCGGCGUCAGCAUCCACCCGGAGCUCCUCAAGCCCCUGUGCGUGGGCGUGGACCCCGAGGAGUGCCAAGUGCGGACCCACGAGAAGGAGCAGAUCAAGAACCUCAACAACCAGUUUGCCUGUUUCAUUGACAAGGUGCGGCUGCUGGAGCAGCAGAACAAGGUGCUGACCACCAAGUGGGAGCUGCUGCAGCAGUAUGUGCUCCCAGCAUCCCGGAGAAACUUGGAGCCUGUGUUUGAAAACUUCAUCUGCAACCUGAGGAAGCAGCUGGAGUGUGUGAUGGGGGAGCGAGAGCGGCUGGAGAAUGAGGAGCGGUGCCUGCGGGACCUGGUGCAGGAGUUCAAGUGCAAGUAUGAAGAUGAGAUCAACAAGCGCACGGCAGCAGAGAACGAGUUCGUGGUGCUCAAGAAGGAUGUGGAUUGUCUCUACCUGACCAAGGAGGAGCUGGAGGUGAGGGUGGGCCUCCUGAGACAGCAGCUGGAGUUCCUGAAGUGCAUCUAUGCCGAGGAGAGGGCUCAGCUGGACUGUCAGCUGUGUGACACCUCUGUCAUCGUGCAAAUGGACAACAGCCGGGACCUGGACAUGGAGGGCAUCAUCAAAAGCGUGGAGUGCUGCUAUGAGGAGAUUGCCCAGAAGAGCAAGGCCGAGGUGGAGGCUUUCUACCAAACCAGGCUGGAGGAACUCCACAGCAGCCGGGGCAAGUUCUGUGAUGACCUGAAGAACAACCAGAGUGAGAUUGCUGAGCUCAACAGGAUGAUCCAGAAGCUGCAGUGUGAGUCGGACAAUGUGAAGAAACAGAUCUCAGCCCUGCAGACAGCCAUCUGUGAUGCUGAGCAACGAGGAGACUGCGCCCUCAAGGAUGCCCGGCAGAAGCUGGUUGACCUGCAGACAGCCCUGCAGCAGGCCAAGGACAAGAUGGCCUGUCUGCUCAGGGACUACCAGGAGCUGCUCAAUGUCAAGCUGGCCCUGGACAUUGAGAUUGCCACCUACAGGACGCUGCUGGAGGGAGAAGAGAGCAGGAUAUGCACCGGCAACCCUGUGAGCGUAGCCGUGGUCAGCGGCGGGGGCACGGUCGGGGAGUGCCGGUCCCUGUCUGGAAUCGGAGGCAAAUGCACCGUGAAGAGCGGAGGGGCCGGCGCGGGGCUGGGCAUGGUCUCGUCCUUCGGCAGCGCCGGGUUCAGCACCCGCAGCGUGGAUUGCGUGCCCAAGGUCGGGGCGGGAUUCGGGGCCCGCAGCGCCGUCAGCUGCGUGGGGAGGGAGGUGCUCACCGGCGUGGACGGGGUGCAGUGCGCCGCCGGCAUGGGCAACCUGGGCAACCUGGGCAACCUGGGCAGCGUGGUGUGCGCGGGCGUGGAGCAGUGCGGGCCCGGCGCCGUGCUGAUCCCCGGGGCGCCGGGGGUCUGCGGGAACAGGUUCAGCACAGCCGUGCGCGUCGUCAGGACGAGCCGGUAG